CAAAAUACUCGCCGCAGUCCCUUAGCUUUCAUGGCGCCCUGGACGGAUUAUUGUGAGAUUGCACACGAGCCGACGAUUUUUUAUCGCCGGGGGAGACGUCUCGACGCCGAAUAUCGCGGAGCACCCCCGCCUCGUCGAGCAACAGUUUUUAUGGAACGUGGUCCUCUCUCCGCUCAUACUCGUUCGCUGGAGCCCCUCAGUGGCCAACCAGCCCAAUCGACCCAAUUCGUUGUUCCAGGAUGCAGGAAUGAAGCAAUCGCUUAUUUAUAUUUGCCUGCUCUUACUCAGUGCCCGUGCCCCGCCAACCUUGGCACCAGUAACCCGAUCAGACUCGUUAGAGAAAUUCCGUCACAAUAUACCCCGCUCAUUCAUCUGGUUCAAGCGGAAUUGAGCAUGGGCCGUACCCAGCUCGAGCAAUAUGAUUUGUGAGACAUAUCUUUUUCCGCUCCUCUUUGCUCCACGGCCACCGAAUCCAGAGCAAAAGCAAAUAUCUUUUAUGACUUGGUUGCCAAAAGCCCGUUCUCCGUGUGUUACCAGGGACUCAAAGAUCGAUAGGCCGCGUGGGAGAGAGAUGAGGGGUUCCAAUCGCAACGAAAGGAGAAAAUAAAUAUCAAUAUUUUCAAAUUAACUAGCCCAUUCCACUCAAAUAAUAGUUUGUGGAAAGUUGGAAUAGCCCUCUUGCGGGAUGGAUUGGUGCAGGGACCGAGCGCCGCGUCCUUCCGCCGAGCCCCACCAUUCGCUAUUGGUCGACUUGGUCGUUCUGCUUACCGAAAGCUUCGGAAUGUUCUGCGCAGACUGGCGGCGAAAUCGAGCAUCCCUGGCUAGUUCGAGGCGAUUGAGGAAUCUAAAGGAAGAUCCUUGUGAUCACGCGAGAGGUGCUACUUACUACUAAUCGAGGACUUGAGCCUGUCGCAAAAUAGAUGUCACUAUUAGUUGAAAAUCUAUAGACAUGGUACAACGACCACCCUUGAUAGGCCGAUCGUUAUAGUAUGGUAUCUGCGGAGCACAACAAAAGUAAUUUAUCCCUUCCUGAGCAGUUCGGAGUAGAAAAUUUGGUCACGAAA